GGCUGCAGGAGCGAGUAGAACUAGCAAAGCGCCGUCAGUCCGCAGAGGAGAGAGGGAGGAGGCGCGGCCCAGGCCAGCCCGCGGGCGCCGAGCAGUGUGGGCCAUCGCGGCGGGCAGCAGUGCCUCCUAAGCAAAGAACGCCCCCCGCGGCCCGGGCUGCGGCGGCCAGACGGAUGCCAAGGCCACACGGCAGCGCGCGGACAGCCACUGCAGUCGCCGUCCCACGCGGGCUGCGGACCUCAGGGCUUGCUGAUGAAGUGAUUGAGAAGAAGCAGUGAACUCCAUCACUUCAUAGCCAGGACAACAUGGAUCAGCCGUUAACUGUCAGUUCUCUGAAAAAGUUGGCUGCUAUGCCCGACCAUACAGAUGUUUCCCUCAGCCCUGAAGAACGAGUCCGCGCACUCAGUAAACUCGGCUGUAACAUAACAAUCAGUGAAGAUAUCACUCCCCGCCGCUACUUCAGAUCUGGAGUAGAAAUGGAGAGGAUGGCGUCUGUGUAUUUGGAAGAAGGAAACUUGGAAAAUGCCUUUGUCCUUUAUAAUAAAUUUAUAACCUUGUUUGUGGAAAAGCUUCCCAACCAUCGAGAUUACCAGCAAUGUGCAGUGCCCGAAAAGCAGGAUAUUAUAAAGAAACUCAAGGAGAUUGCAUUCCCAAGGACAGAUGAAUUGAAAAAGGACCUUUUAAAGAAAUAUAACAUAGAAUACCAAGAAUAUUUGCAAAGCAAAAACAAAUACAAAGCUGAAAUUCUCAAGAAGCUGGAACAUCAGCAGUUGAUAGAGGCGGAAAGGAAGAGAAUUGCACAAAUGCGCCAACAGCAGUUGGAAUCAGAACAGUUUCUGUUUUUUGAAGAUCAACUCAAGAAGCAAGAGUUAGCUCGAGGUCAGAAUCAGGAAACCUCUGCCUUGUCGGAGCCGGUUGACGGGAGUGCUUUGUCCUGCUUUUCUGCACGCCAGAACAACACCUUGCUGAAUGUCCUUGCAGAUCAGCCCAAUAAAAGUGAUGCAACCAAUUUCGCCAGCAACUCUCCUCCAGUAAACAGGGCCUUAAAGCCAGCUGCAACUCUAAGUGCUGUUCAGAAUUUAGUAGUUGAAGGACUGCGAUGUGUAGUUUUAUCAAGAGAUCUUUGCCACAGAUUUCUGCUGCUGGCAGAAUCUAAUACAGUGAGAGGAAUAGAAACCUGUGGAAUACUUUGUGGAAAACUGACACAUAAUGAACUUACUAUCACCCACGUAAUCGUGCCAAAGCAGUCUGCAGGACCAGAUUACUGUGACAUGGAGAAUGUAGAAGAAUUAUUUAAUGUCCAGGAUCAACAUGAUCUCCUCACUCUGGGCUGGAUCCAUACACACCCAACCCAAACUGCAUUCCUGUCCAGCGUUGAUCUUCAUACUCAUUGCUCCUAUCAGCUCAUGUUGCCAGAGGCGAUUGCCAUUGUUUGUUCACCAAAGCAUAAAGACACUGGCAUCUUCAGGCUCACCAAUGCAGGCAUGCUUGAGGUUUCAGCUUGUAAAAAGAAGGGCUUUCACCCACAUACCAAGGACCCUAGGCUGUUCAGUAUAUGCAAACAUGUGUUGAUAAAAGACAUAAAAAUUAUUGUGCUGGAUUUGAGGUGAUGCGUUAUGAAGAUUAUUGUGGUCGACUCUGGACACCUACCCAUGGAAAUGUGGCUGCUGGGUUUUCUUAAGAUGUUUCCAGAAAUGACUGAGAUUUUAUAUUUAUACAUUUUAGAUCAGAAAGUUUGAUAUUUAUUGCUCCUGUACAUUUUGGAGUUUUCUUUUUGAAUUGUUCUGUCUCAAGAGAGGUCAUAAUGGUGUUGAAUCAAAAACCUAUUAAUGUACCCAAAUACUAUGACCAGAUAAUAAAUUGUGCUACAGAAAA